AGUAGGAGCCGUAUGUAGGAAUUUGCCAAUUGGUUAGCGCCAUCCCCUCGAAAGGGGCAUCAAUGUGUCUAUAUACUCGGAUGCAAGUCGGCGUAGCCCAAAACCCAGAAUAGCGAGACAGAGAUUCCACAAGCUAUAAUAGCAAGACAAGUGGUUAGCGUGUAUCUAUCAUAUCUAGUCGGCGCAGGGAAGCAACUUAAUCAAUGGCGAAGUUGAACUUAAACCCAGCAAAGUCGGCGGCGGUGGUGUUGGGAGCCCUUGCCAUGGGGUGGCUGACCAUAGAGCUCGCUUUCAAACCCUGGCUCCAGAGAGCUCGAGCGGCCAUGGACAAGUCUGAUCCCGCUCGUGACCCUGAUGACGUCAGCGACAGUGCUGAGAAAACGGACGAGGCCCGCGACGAGCCUCAUGCAUCCGACGCCGACAAGUGAUUACUUCUCCACAUACUUGUUGUUCAACGUGUAACUCAAUUUUCCGCUCUAAUCUGCUUAUGAAUGUUACUGCUACCGGUUCUAUGGUAGUAUUAGUCCAAAAAAAAAAGAAAAAAGAGAAAAAAAAGGUCAUAGCCUUCUCUGUUGCAGGAGAGAUGAGAUAACGAGUACCACCGCAGAAUUUCCAUUAAUACUUACUAGCAAGUCUAAUAUUUUGGAUGCAUCAUCAGCUGUUAUGGAUUGCCUCACUGAUUAAUUCAUAGAAUUUGAAUUUCUUUGUGUUGGCAAUCUUCUGUUUGUGUUUCUCGAUUAAGUGGAUCCUGUGCAUACUUGUUUUUAGGUUUAAUUAUUUAUUAGUCGACUUUGUUGAUUUUUAUA